CAGGACUCACGCUCUCUAUACACAAUCCCUGUCUCCUGGAGCCUUAAAUACAAUGACGCAAAACUCUGCUGGCAAACCAGCCGGUGGCGUCCUGCAGAUUUCGGCGGCUGCCACGCAAAAGAAUACCCCGACAGCGCCCAGGAAAGCGCCCAAACCAGCAGCCCCGCGCCUCAAACUCCUCGUGAGACGACUUCCACCAGGCCUGACGCAGACAGAGUUUGAGACUGUCCUUGGCCCGGAGUGGAAGGCAGGAGCGGGGAAGGUCGACUGGUUCCAGUACAAGCCAGGCAAAGUCUCCAAAGACCCCGCCAAACCGUCUCGCCCCUCUCGCGCUUACAUCCACGUCACCGCCGCCGACCACACGAUCCCUCUGUCUGACAAAGUCCGUCAAUCGUCGUUCGUGGAUGCGCGCAAUACCUCCACCGAUCCGGUGCUGAUCGGGCCGCCAUCGCUGGAGUUCGCGCCGUAUGCGAAAGUUCCCGGAAGCCGCGUGCGCAAGGAUGCCCGACAGGGGACAAUCGACCAGGAUCCGGAGUUUAUCGCGUUCCUCGAGAGUCUCACGCAGCCGAUCACCAAGCCGUCCGUUGAAGCGUCAGAUCAACCGGAGGAUAAGAAGGAGGGGCCGACCGUCACGCCCUUGAUCCAGUAUAUCAGAGAUAAGAAAGCCAACAAGGCGAAGGAUGCGGGCAGAUCGUCCAAGCACGGAAAAUCCGACAAAGACUCCAGGGCCGAAAAGGUGCAGGCGAAGAAGCUGCUGCAGCGAUCAGACAAGGACGGACAGUCCGCGGGGGGAGACAAGCCAGAGAGGAAGUCGAAGAGCGACAGGGCCACCAAGGAAGCCGUCAGAGCAGCCAACAAACAAGCCGCCUUAGUCGCCAAGCAGUCGGGCAGGUCCGGUUCCCAAAGCGCAGACUCCGCGCAGUCCACCCCCACCGAGCGCAAGCGCGAGCGCGGAAACGCUGCUGUCGCGGCCAAGAUUCUUCAACGAGACCUGGGCCUGGCCCAAAGUGGUGGUCGUCGCAAAGGCGGCCGCGCAGCGGAGAGCGACGCAGCAAAGAACGAAGCAGCGAGAUCACCCUCCGAACCGCCCAAGAAAGAGAUCCUCACCAAGUCCAAGGCAGGAGGCCAAAACCAACGGGGUAAAGGAAGCAACAAUAACAGCAGCAGCAACACACCCCAACCCAGCGAGCAACCCGAACCCAACGGCGCCCCCAGCAGCAACAACACUACGCCACCUCCUCCAACAAAACCAUCCCGAUCCAACCGCGGGAAACAAGCCGCAGUACCGGCCCCAACAGCCGCAACACAGGCAUUCCUCAAACACGCGAACCCCUCACAAGGCGUAACAGAGCCUCUCCUCGACACGGCAUUCUCCCCCUUCGGCAAGAUCCUGCGGGUGGAAAUCGACAAGAAAAAGGGCUUUGGCUACGUCGACUUUGCCGACCCUGACGCCCUCCAGCGAGCCAUCGCCGCCAGCCCGGUGACGGUCGCGCAGAGCCAGGUCGUUGUGCUGGAACGGAAGGCCAACCCGGGGGGUGAAAAGGGUCGUGGUAAAGGCCGCAAUGAGUCGCAGGCGUCGGGCUCUGCGGGAGGAGGCAGCGGCGGCGGUGGUGGCAGUCGCAGCGGGAAAGCCGGUGAAGGCGGGAGUGGAUCGGCGCCGUCUCGUGGAUCGCGCGGUGGACGGGGGCGCAAUAAGGGAGGAUCGAAGGGGAAUACCGGUGCAGCAGAGGGGAAGGACAAGCCUAGUGAGAAGUAACUUACAGCUACUUACUAG